AUGAUCCUCUCUCGUUCGCUGUGCCUCGGCGCCGCAAGCGCUCGAGCUUCGACGUCGCGACUCACGCUGCCCGUCUCUCGCGGCUUCCAUGCUACCUCGUCGGCCAGCAAGAUCAUUGCCUCGCAGCCGCUCCGAGCCAAAGAGGCACCCGCACCCCUUGACGCCGCCAAGGGCUACCCCGUCAUUGACCACGAAUUCGAUGCCGUCGUCGUCGGUGCCGGUGGCUCGGGCCUUCGUGCCGCCUUUGGUCUCGCCGAGGGUGGUUUGAACACGGCUUGCAUCACCAAGCUCUUCCCUACUAGGUCACACACUGUCGCUGCCCAAGGUGGUAUCAAUGCUGCGCUUGGAAACAUGACCGAGGACGACUGGCGCUGGCACGCAUACGACACCGUCAAGGGCUCCGACUGGCUCGGUGACCAGGACGCGAUUCACUACAUGUGCCGCGAGGCGCCCAAGACGGUCAUUGAGCUCGAGCACUUUGGUCUUCCCUUCUCGCGGACAAAGGAGGGCAAGAUCUACCAGCGUGCCUUUGGCGGCCAGUCGCUCAACUUCGGCAAGGGCGGUCAGGCCUACCGCUGCGCCGCCGCUGCUGACCGGACAGGCCACGCCAUGCUUCACACCCUCUACGGUCAGUCUCUUCGCCACAACACGCAGUUCUUCAUCGAGUACUUUGCCCUCGACCUCAUCAUGGAGGGCGGCGAGUGCGUCGGUGUUGUUGCCCUCAACAUGGAGGAUGGCACCAUCCACCGGUUCCGUUCCCACAAGACCGUCCUCGCCACGGGCGGUUACGGCAAGGCCUACUUCUCGGCCACAUCGGCUCACACCUGCACGGGCGACGGCAUGGCCAUGGUGGCCCGCGCCGGUCUUCCCCUCCAGGACCUCGAGUUUGUUCAAUUCCACCCCACGGGCAUUUACGGCGCUGGCUGCCUCAUCACCGAGGGCUCUCGCGGUGAGGGAGGCUACCUGCUCAACUCCGAGGGCGAGCGCUUUAUGGAGCGAUACGCCCCCACGGCCAAGGAUCUUGCCUCGCGCGACGUCGUCUCGCGGUCAAUGACGAUUGAGAUCCGCGAGGGACGCGGUGUCGGACCGGAAAAGGACCACAUCUACCUGCAGCUGAGCCACCUGCCCCCUGAGGUGCUCCACGAGCGCCUUCCCGGUAUCUCGGAGACUGCUGCCAUCUUUGCCGGUGUCGACGUGACAAAGGAGCCCAUUCCCGUCCUGCCCACGGUCCACUACAACAUGGGCGGUAUCCCGACAAAGUACACUGGCGAGGUCAUUCGCAAGGGUGCCGAUGGCAAGGAUGAGAUUGUCCCUGGUCUCUAUGCUGCUGGCGAGGCCGCCUGCGUCUCGGUCCACGGAGCCAACCGUCUGGGUGCCAACUCGCUGCUGGACAUUGUCGUCUUCGGCCGUGCCUGCGCCAACCACAUCAAGGAGAACCUGAGCCCCGGCAAGCCCCACAAGCCCCUCACCGGCGACGCCGGCGCGACGGCCAUCAAUGACCUCGACUGGCUGCGCAACUCGAAUGGAUCGCGGCCGGUGGCUGACCUUCGUCUGGAGAUGCAGAAGGUCAUGCAGUCCGACGCCGCCGUGUUCCGCACCCAAGAGACGCUCGACGAGGGUGUGGUCAAGAUCGACAAGACGCACGCCAGCUGGCCCGACGUCAAGAUUACCGACCGGGGCAUGCUGUGGAACACGGACCUGACUGAGGGUCUCGAGCUCCGCAACAUGCUUACCUGCGCCACCCAGACGAUGCACUCUGCUGCUGCUCGUCAAGAGUCGCGCGGUGCUCACGCGAGGAUGGACUUUGAGGAGCGUCGGGACGACGUCUGGAUGAAGCACACGCUCUCCUACCAGGCUGGCCAGAACGACAAGGUCAAGCUCGACUACCGUGCCGUCAUCAACACGACCCUCGACGAGGCAGAGAUGAAGCCCAUCCCGCCAUUCAAGCGUAGCUACUAG